CUUUUCCUUCACUUGAUGUCGGCAGUCAUUUUAUGUAAUUUUUUUGUUGUUGCUUUUAUCGUCCUUCCCUUUAAGAUAGAUGAAACGUUGUUACAUAUCUCAGUGAACAUUGCUUCAUGACAUCUAUAGGUGAAGAGUCAGUUGAUAGAAAUGUAGGCUUUCGGUGAAGAUUACUCGGUUAUUUCCAUAGAACGACUACAGGAAGAGAAGAGAGGGAGAGAGCGAGAGGAGUGUUUCAUUGUGACAACCGAAGUCUAGCCUACAGUACGGGAACUGCAGCGCUACAGCCAUGGAUGUAGACGUGGUGAACAUGUUUGUCCUGGCGGGAGGAACUCUAGUCAUCCCUAUCCUGGCCUUCUUUGCCUCAUUCUACAUGUGGCCUGCUGCUAUCAUCCAUGUCUACAACUGGUACUGGCGUCGGCGGCUGGGCCUGCAGGUUGUCUACUCUGAGAACAGAGGCUACCGGUUCUGUUACUCCCACAGAGGAAAGCCUGGUCCGGGCCGCCCCACUAUUCUCAUGCUCCACGGCUUUUCUGCUAACAAGGACAUGUGGCUGCCUGUGGCUAAGUUCCUGCCCAAGCACCAGCACCUGCUGUGCAUUGACAUGCCCGGACAUGAGGGCACCAGCCGAACCGAUGCCAGAGACUAUUCCAUAGAGGGACAGGUCAAGAGGAUACGACAGUUCGUGGAGAGUGUCCGUCUCACCAAGAGGCCCUUCCAUCUCGUGGGCACCUCCAUGGGAGGAAACGUUGCUGGAGUGUACGCAGCCCGUUACCCCAACGACCUUUGCAGUGUCACCCUCAUCUGUCCGGCAGGUCUUCCUACCGAGAGUCCGUUUGUGGAGCGUCUGAGGGAGUUGGAGAAGGACCAGGAACUGAGUGGGAGCCUGGAUCCCCAGGGCAUCCCUCUGAUCCCCUCUACCCCAGAGGAGAUGGACGAUAUGCUCAAACUGUGCUCUUUCGUACGCUUCAAGAUCCCUCAACAGAUUCUUCAGGGAUUGGUGGAUGUUCGAGUUCCAAACAACGACUUCUACAGAGAGUUGUUCAUGGAGAUCGUAGGAGAGAAGUCCAGACACUCCUUACAUGAGAACAUGCAUCUGAUCACAGUCCCAACACAGGUCAUCUGGGGGAAGCAUGACCAGGUGGUGGAUGUUUCUGGAUCAUCUAUGCUGAAGGAGGCUGUCUCUGGCUGUCAGGUGGACCUGCUGGACAACUGUGGUCACUCUGUGGUGAUGGAGCGACCUCGCAAGACAGCUCAGCUCAUCAUGGACUUUAUCAAUAACCAACACAACACUGGCUCCAACAACAGCAAGAAACUAUCUUGAGACUGACUACCUGGAGCUUAGACUUUAUAGUGCCCGUUUCCCGGGCAAAGUUAAACCUAGUCCUAGACGAGGAAGCACUUUCAAUGGGGGUUUGAUCUCCAUUGAACAUGCGUUUCAGUCAGGGACGAGGUUUGUCAAGGACUAGGUUCCAGUCAGGGACGAGGUUUGUCAAGGACUAGGUUCCAGUCAGGGACGAGAUUUGUCAAGGACUAGGUUCCAGUCAGUGACUAGGUUUCAGUCAGGGUUUCAGGUUUAAUUCGGGAAUAGAUUUCAUUUAGGGUUUCAGGUUUCAGUCAGGGACUAGGUUUCAGUCAGGGACUAGGUUUCAGUCAGGGUUUCAGGUUUCAGUCAGGUACUAGGUUUCAGUCAGGUACUAGGUUUCAGUCAGGGACUAGGUUUCAGUCAGGGUUUCAGUUUUCAGUCGGGGUUUCAGUCAGUGACUAGGUUUCAGUCAGGGUUUCAGGUUUCAGUCAGGGACUAGGUUUCAGUCAGGGUUUCAGUUUUCAGUCAGGGUUUCAGUUUUCAGUCAGGGACUAGGUUUCAGUCAGGGACUAGGUUUCAGUCAGGGUUUCAGGUUUCAGCCAGGGUUUCAGGUUUCAGUCAGGGUUUCAGUAAGGUACUAGGUUUUAGGUUUAAUCUGUGUCCAGGAAACCAGCCUACAGUGAGCGUUUAUCUGUAAAAAAAUCUAAUAAUCUGUAAAUGAUGUAGUAAUAUUUUUCUAAUCUAGUCCUCAGGGAAUGAGUCCAUCAACCAGCUGGCUGCGGUUUCAUGCUUGAAUUUGAUUUUAAGGUGAAGGAAGACUGUGUAAAAUACUGGGAUACAAUAUUGUGACAUUGUAUUUAUUUAGUGAUUUAAGGACCUUAAUUUCAAAUGUUAUAUUCUUUGUUUAAUUGCCAAUGUGUUACUAAACUUACUUACAUGAUUUUAUAUUGUAUUUGAGUUUGUGUUACCUCUGAGUCAGCUGAAAGACUGGUCGGUAGUGUCUGAGACUGAUCCCGCCUGAAAACACAAGAUGUAAAGAAAGACACAAACUCAAAUCAAACUACUUCUAGUUGUUGUUAGAUUGAUUUGUCUUGUUGAAGGUUGGUACAUGGUCUUACUAUUAUCCACAGACAACAUAUUACACCUUGUACAUUAGGAACAUAUUGAAGGAACAUUUGUCAUUGUGUUUUAUGAUCAAAUAAAUGUUAUUAAAAACAAUGGAGCUACAAUCACGUACAUUUUGUAAUAUUAUUAUUAACCAAGUACUUAUUCUUCAAGCGCUGCUAUACCCUGUUAUAUGUGAUAUAACCUGAUGGUAUCGAUGCAUGACGAUAGAGUAUCGAUGCAAUGAGACACAACAACCAACACCUGCAUAUUUUCAAGUUUGCCAUGCCAUGUCGUUAAGUUACACUGAGACAAAAAAAUAAUUUGUGACACUUGUUAUCUUUGUACAUGUUAAUGAGUUGUCAAUCUACUCAAUGUUUUUGCUUGUUCACGUAAAGCACCAAAUAAAACUAUUUUCUCAUGCUGA